ACGUGGAAACACCUACACGCACGGACUCACGCGUGUGGAUGUGCGUGCGCUGCGUCGGGCCGAGUGCGGGGUGUGGGUUUGCGUGCGGGUGUUGGAGUGUGUUGGUGCGUCGCUGGUGUGGCGAGUUUGAUGUCGUUUCGUCCUUAUUUCCCGUAAAAAAGAGAGGGAAAGGAAUCGGUGUUUCGUAAACUUUGUGGUGGAGGGAAAGGCGAGGGGAGGGAAAUGUGUUCUUGCUCCGGCUGUGUGUCUUUAAGCUGAAGACUAAGAGGACAAAGAGGAAGAGAAAGAGGAACAGGCGAGUCUUUUUUUGGAUUUCUUGCAGACGCAGGGUCUCGAUCACCGCAUCACACAUAUGAAUGAUAAAGAAGGAUAGGAAGGAAAGAAAAUAUAAAGAGUAUGUAUUGAUAAAAAGCAUUCAUAAAAGCGUCACAUAGAGAAUGAGCAAGUGACGAGGCCAAAUAGGGAAAUUAAAAAAAAAAAAAAGUUAAUUGGGAGAGAGAAAAAAUAUAAGAUAGAAUAGAAUUAGAAAAAAAAAAGAAAAAAAAAUAUAUAGAUUAGAAGCUUGGAUCAGAAACCGAGCGGCAAUCAAUUCUCGACCUAAUAAGAUCCACAAUCACCAACGAAAAUUCCUCCCACGCCACAACAAAAUCAAAACCAGUCUAAAAUGACUAUGGACGACAGCAAGGACUCGGCCACCUCGCCAAUCAUCGCUCAGAGCCCACCUCCCCAAAUGCCACAACAAAACAGUGAUGGAUUUUCCUUGAAAAAGGCGGGGGAACGGAUAUGUGAAGCCGCAAGCACCGACAGCCCCGGCCUCUGCGCUUUCAUCCUCACCAUCAUCUCCUAUCUACUUAUUAUAGCUACCUUCCCUUUCUCGCUAUGUCUCUGUGUAAAGGUGGUCCAGGAGUACGAGCGAGCCGUCAUCUUCAGGCUCGGUCGUCUGCUCAAGGGCGGCGCCAAAGGGCCUGGCAUCUUCUUCAUCGUCCCCUGCAUCGACUCCUACAGGAAGGUUGACCUCCGAACCGUCUCCUUCGAUGUGCCGCCACAAGAGAUUUUAACCAGAGAUUCUGUGACGAUAUCUGUGGAAGCUGUGGUGUAUUAUCGAGUGUCCGAUCCGAUAGCAGCUGAGAACAAUGUGGAAGACUACAGCCACUCCACCCGUCUCCUGGCCGCUACCACCCUGAGGAACGUCCUCGGCACACGCAACCUGGCUGAGAUCCUGAGCGAGAGGGAGUCCAUCUCCGCCACAAUGCAGAGCUCCCUGGACGACGCCACAGAUCCCUGGGGCGUCAAGGUGGAGAGAGUGGAAAUCAAGGACGUCCGCCUCCCGGUGCAGCUGCAGCGCGCCAUGGCCGCCGAGGCUGAGGCCGCCCGAGAAGCCCGCGCCAAGGUGAUCGCCGCCGAGGGAGAGCAGCGCGCCUCCAGGGCCCUCAAGGAGGCCGCCGAGGUCAUCAACGAGUCGCCGGCCGCCCUCCAGCUUCGGUAUCUUCAGACGUUGGGCCAAAUAUCGUCAGAAAACAACUCGACCAUAAUAUUCCCGCUGCCUAUUGACAUCUUAACGCAUUUCUUACGGAAAAACAACACGGAAAGCAAGGAGGAUGACUAA